AGGUCCCUGGAAGCAGCCAAACUGUCAGUGACUGUAGCGAACACAUGCUCGCUCUCAGCUCAGCUGCCAGAGAAGAAGAAGGAGGAGGAAGAAGAGGAGGAGGAGAAGAAGAAGAAGUGAGGCUGGAGGGAGCAGACAGACAGAGGAGAGAAAGACUUGGACCAACAUCUGACUGCUUCUCUCUGUCAAGUGAUGCCAUAACAUCCAGGAAAUAGCAAAGACAGUCUUUUUUUUCCCUCUUUCCUUCUCUCGUUUAAAUAAUGAGGAGAGACCGUCUUGUCUUAGCCGCGACCCUCACUGCCAUCUUCUCCGCUGACCUCUACUUUAUCCUGCUGCCCAAGCUGCGGAGCGCGGGGAUAUUUUCAAGUCACUCUUGCUCGUGCCGAGCGAAAAACUUCACCCUCCCCAAACUCGGGGGUCUGGCCACCCCUCGGCUGUCCAACUGGACGUCAGUGCCGCCCCUGGAUGGCACUGCAUCAGUGCCAGAUGAUGGUGUAUCCAAGCUUGAAAGGCUGUUCGCUCAUCCUCUGUACAACAUCCAGACUCCGGAGAUGGGGCCGGAGGAGAGGCUGCUGCAGGUGGCGCAGCUGAUGGAGUACUACAAGAGGAAGGUGACACGCUGGGAAAGACAUAUGAAGAUUUACAGUGAGGCAGCAGCUGUGUCCAACAUCACUGUGACCGAGCACAAGGUGACCUAUGAUCCUGAUGCCAGCUGGGUGAAGUUCCACCUGGGAAUCAACCGCUAUGCCCUGUACGCCAGGGAUGACCCCGCAAUCCCAAAACUACUCAACGAAAUGCAGAGCAUGACGGUCGUUAGUGCAGAUUACACCCAGGAUGAGAAGGCCCUGAAAGGAGCAUGCGAUUGCACCCAAGUGGUGAAGCCAAGUGGGCAUCACCUGAAACUGGCUCUGAAGAUGCAAAACUUUGCCAAAGCCAUGUUCAAACCAAUGAGGCAGCAGAGGAACGAGGAAACUCCAGAGGACUUUUUCUACUUUGUUGAUUUCCAGAGACAUAAUGCAGAGAUAGCAGCCUUUCACUUGGACAGGAUCCUGGACUUCAGGAGGGUCCCACCUGUGUCUGGCAGACUGGUGAACCUCACAGGAGAGGUGCUCCAAGUCACCCGCAACGACGAUUUACGAGGCGUCUUCUUCACCUCACCUGCAAACAACACCUGUUUCUUCGCCAAGUGCCUGUAUGUGUGUAAGACAGAAUACGCUGUGUGUGGGAGCCCCAACCUCCUGGAGGGCUCCAUGUCUGCUUACCUGCCCGGCCUCAGCAUUGCCCCGCGAAUCUCCAUCCCCAACCCCUGGAUCCGCUCCUACACCUUCAGUGGACGAGAGGAGUGGGAGGUGAAUCCCUUCUACUGUGACACCAUAAAGCAGAUGUAUCCAUAUAACUCAGGCAACCGGCUCCUAAACAUCAUUGACAUGUCCAUCUUUGACUUCCUAAUAGGCAACAUGGACAGGCAUCACUAUGAGAUUUUUACCAAAUUUGGGGAUGAGGGAUUUCUUCUUCACCUAGACAAUGCCAGAGGGUUUGGGAAACACUCCCGUGAUGAAAUGUCCAUCCUGGCUCCUCUGUCUCAGUGCUGCAUGAUAAAGCGCUCCACUCUGGUGCGCCUCCAGCUCCUGACCAAACACAACUACAGGCUCAGUGAUGUGAUGAGGGAGUCCUUGGAGGGGGACCAAUUACGGCCCAUCCUGACAGAGCCCCACCUCUUAGCUUUGGACCGCAGGUUACAAAAGAUCCUCCGAGUGGUGAAGCGCUGCGUGCGGCGUCUGGGCGAGGACGAGGUCAUUACAAGAGACUUUGUGAAAUCUACAGCGACACCUCAAACAAACACAGACAUGAGGGAGGCCAGGUAACACAGGAUGAAGAGCCUCUACCUCUCCUCCUCCUCAUAGCUGCUCUUUGAAGACUUCAGGAUGAAGCUCAGAUGGUUUCGAUUAAAGGAACAAGCCCAUAAAUGGAAGGCGCUGUGAAAUGUUUAGAAGGAAUCUCUUUGUGCAGGUUCAGGACGUGAAUCAUUGCAGGCUUUGAAUUCCUAUCACAGAGGGAGCCAUAGUUUUAUUUCCUUUUGUUUCUCUCAUGGUCAUAAAAUCCCCAAAGGGUGCAUUUUAUGACCAGUAUUUUUCUUAACACAAGCACCUGCAACAUCAGAGAGGUUCAGGGAAGGUUAAUUUAAAUAAAGGAGCAGGAAGAGACCAUUUCUUAACGGAAACAAAUGAGAUAGAUUUGUCAGAAAGAGCUGUGAUGCACUGGAUCAAAUAAAUGCAGGUGAAUUUCAA